AUGGACGACAAAGACCUAGACGACGCCGCUCUCUGGGCCGUGAUCGACUCCGCCGCCGCCUCCCACACCUCCAAAUCCAAAUUCCAAUCCCGCCAACCCCUCGCGAUCCAAUACCACCACCGCCCCUCGCCGCCGAUCUCAAACCCUUCGCCGCCGCCGAAGCUCUUCAAGACCGCUCGGAUCUCCUACUCCGCCGACUCCGACUCCAAAUCGGAGGGCGAGGUCGUCGAGGAGCCUUGGGCCUUCCACCCGCCGAGGAAGAUCGCCAGGUCAGGAAACGACGGCAAUUCUCUCGCCGUCGUCAGAAAUGUGCCGCGCACGCCUACCACGCCGGUGUACGCUUCGCCGGAGUCGCGUCUGUCGCCGGGAAUCGGGAGGUUUAACAGUCCUGGUAGCUAUCCGCAGAGAGAAGAGAGGGAGAAUAAUAAUCCGGUGCAGACGGCGCAGCAUAGCUUGGCUGGAAUGUUUCCUUCAGUUUCGUUGUUCAAGGAGUAUCAAGAUGCAGCUAUGGCGAUCUUGGAGAAAACUGACUACGUUAAGAUUCAUGGGAAUACUUAUAUCAAAAAGUCAGGUUGGAGGAAGAUAUCAUUUUACUUCAAUCUCUCUUUCGAGAUCAAAGACAAGAACAUUGAGUUUGAUGAGGGUCGGAAUGUUCUGCGUGCAGAGUUUGUGGUUCGGGCACACAUGCAGGGUGGUAGAUUCUCAGAUGGAUGGGGCUCCUGUGAUCGGCGGGAGAAGAGAUUCAACAAACCAAAUCAUGAUAUUCCAAGUACAGCAGAGACCAGGGCGAAAAAUAAAGCAUCCUCGGACUUGCUAGGAAUUGGUGAUUACAGACCUGGUGCAACUCAAGACCACCCAUAUCCAUGA